GAACGAGCGUAUCAGCCGCUCUGCUGAACCUCUUGGCGCUCAGCUGCCUGGCACUGCGAUGCGAGGCUCUUCGGUUCCGUGUCGGUGCUCUCCUCGGCACCAGAUGACUCUUGGCAGACACACAAGACAUACAACACGUAUACGAGAGUGCCGAAUGGUGCUCUGUGUCACCUGCGACUUACCUCCCGUUGGCCAAAUAGGGCAGCUGCAUCCAGGCCGGAGGGCGAGGGUCGAAUGAAAUAUGAGCCACAGGAUAUAAAAUGUAGACGGCGAUUUUCUUCUGAGACCAUAUGAGCAAACAUAUACGACCGUCGACAGGGUGUUUGUGCACACAUUCGGGGCCUCUCUGGUCACUCAGCCACACGUACCUUCCUGCCUCUCCUCCUGCUCCUGCUGGUCCAUCUGGGGCUCGGCCUCCUGCUGCUGCUCGUCUGCAGACAAGCCAGACACCCAAUGUCAUAUCUGUAACAGCCGUCCGUAUCCGUCAGUGGGCCCACUGACCGCUGCCGCCGACGAAGUGGCUGUCGUCGCCUUGGUAGCCCAGGAACCAGCUGGGGUGGCUGCGCACUGAGUGGGCAUAUUGGCCGUUGAAGCCCACCACCCACCAGAAUUCUGCAUCAAUCGGUACACACAGCCCAACACACAAGGGUGUCUGUGUGUGCGUUUGUCGAUAAUGUAUUGCCCCCGCACCCACCGUCGUCGUCCUGGUCGCCCUCGCCCUUAUCGCGGUCUCCCCGCUGCAGUGAGUGACUGAGAUUGUGAGUGUGUAGCAUUAUAAGCUGACAUCCAUCCAUCCAUCCGAAGGGCGAACGAAACACCAAACCACGCACUGAGGGAGGCAGUGAGGGAGCGGGGGAGUGAGUGAGUGAGUCGGGCAGGGAGAGAAGGGCGCGGCGCAAAACUGGCAGGCAGACAGACAGACAGAUAGACAGACAGACAGACAGAGAGCCAGCCAGCCACACAGCACAGCACAGCGGCAGCAGGCCUUCAUCAGCACCGGGUCUGUUCACACAGAGAGAUAACCAGAAGGGACCGACACAAAUCUACUCCACACAAUGUGUGUGUGCGUGUGUGUGGACAUCUUACCACGAUGUGCAGCCAGGUGUGUGUGUGCGGGCCCAACGGGCUGACAGACAAGACACCAGGUACAGAGAAACAAACAUGGCUGAGAUGCGGACACCAUUGCUGAGCAGUUCCUCUGGUCACUCCACCCACCACCAGGCGAUAAGCGACGGUACGUCUGGUUGUCCGCUGACAUGACACACAGCAGGAAGCAAAUGCGUUGAUGCGAACAUCAGCCAUUACGUAAUGCAUUCACAGUGUCCUCACCACCACAACGGGCGGGCGAACUUAAGUCCAGGACGCUUGAGCCCACAGGUACACAUACUGCUUCUGCUGCACAGAUGGAUAAACAUGGAGGGAGGGAGGGGCGUGUGUGCAGUCGAGUGGAUGAUACAUACCUGGAUGGCCGCCGGCUGCUGCUGGUCGUCCUGCUCGGCCAUCUGGCGGCGCUGCUGCUCGGCGGCCUCCUCCUCGGCCAUCUGGCGGCGCUCGGCCGCCUCCCGCUCCUCGUCUGCUGCAGACAGGCAACACACCCGAUGUCAUUUGUGUAACAGCCGUCCGUAUCCGUCAGUGGGCCCACUCACCGCUGCCGCCGGCGAAGGGGAUUUCAUCGCCGUAGUUGCCGAGGAACCACUGCGGGUGGCUGUGGACGGGGUGGGCGUAUUGCUGGUUGAAGCCCACCCACUAGAAGUCUGCAUCAAUCGGUACACACAGCCCAACACACAAGGGGUGUCUGUGUGCACAGUGAUGUGUCGCCCCCACACACAGACAUACCCUCGGGCUCCUCGUCGGUCCCCUCCCGCUCGGCCAGCUCCACAGCUGCAGCGACACAGACACAGUGAGCACGUCCAUCUCUGUCGUGUACGAUGAUCACUGAUUGAUUCCUCCUACCAGCUUGCAUCUCCGCCUCUGUGACGAAACGGCACGCAACACAUGCCAUGCCGUGGAGCAUACUUAUCGGCAGCAGGCCUUGACCGAGGGCCCUGCUCACACAGAGAGAGAUAAACACGAGGGAUCGAUACAAACUACCCCACACUCACCAUAUAAAUAUACAUGUGCAUGUGUGUGGACAUCUUACGGCGAUGUGUGGCGGUUUCGAUGUGUGAGGGCCCAAAGGUCUGACAGACAAGACACCAGACACCGAGUAACAAACAUGGCUGAGAUGCGGACACUAUUGCUGAGAAGAACCCACCAGCAGCCGGUAACCCAACGUCCGUCGCAUCGUCCCCUGACAACACACAGCAGGAGGCAAAUGCGUUGAUGCGCCGCGCCCAUCAGCCAUUAAUGCAUUCACAGUGUCCUCACCACCACCACGGGCGGGCGCACUUGAGUCCACGCCUGACCCCACAGGUAGACGUAGGUCUUCUGCUGCACCGUCGCCGCCUGCUGCUUGAGCUGGUGGACCUGAUUGACACACGACACACAUGGGCGGCCUAGGGGCGUGCGUGCAGUGGAAGGGAUGAUACCUUGAUGGGGGCCGGCUGCUGCUCGUGUUGCUGCUGGUCGUGCUGCUCGUCAGCCGCCUCCUCUGCAGACAGACAGACAGACAGACACACAGACAGACAGACAUGGACCGCAUGAGCAAAGAAUGUCGACAGGGUGUUUGUGCACACACAUUCGGGGCCUGUAUGGUCACUCAGCCACACGUACCCUCCUGCCUCUCCUCCUGCUGCUUCCGCUGGUCUUCCAUCUGGCCGGCGUCUGCCGCCUCCCUCUCCUCGUCUGCAGACAGGCCAGACACCCAAUGUCAUAUCUGUAACAGCCGUCCGUAUCCGUCUGUGGACCCACUCACCGCCGCCAGAUGAGUUGUCGUCGCCUUGGUAGCCCAGAAACCAGCUGGGGUGGCUGUGCAUGGGGUGGGCGUAUUGCCGGCCGAAGUCCAUCCACCAGACGUCUGCAUCAAUCGGUACACACAGCCCAACACACAAGGGGUGUCUGUGUGUUCAUUUGUCGAUAAUGUAUUGCCCCCGCACCCACCGUCGUCGUCCUCGUCGCCCUCGCCCUGCAGUAGGUCUCCCGCUGGUCGAAGUGCUCGGCGAACUCCUCGUUGUCGGGCCGCUGCUCAUCUGAACAAACAACAGACCGGUACAGUGCACCUGCCUGCCUGCCUGCAUGCCAUCCAUCCAUCCAUCCAUCCAUCCAUCCAAUGGCGCAUCCAUCGACCAAUACGUACCCUUCUUGGCGGCCUUGGCGAAUCCCUGAUGUGACUCGUCCCCUUGCUGACCAAGGAAGAGAGAGAACGAAGCGAAGGCGUACCUGCGACGACACGCCGCAGGAUUGUCCCAAAGACCAAAGCAGACCACAUGUGUAUGCAAGCUGCUUUGCUGUCGUGCAUCCCGACCACAGGUUGUGUGACAUUCUGACCUCGGACCGUUGCCACACCAUCUUGGCAGCCAAAGGCGCGCGAAGGCCUCACAACGCUCCAUCUGGACGCAACACACGAAUGACCACACAUACAGGAUAGGGAUGAGCGAAGGAAUGGGCCCCGUCUGCCUUUCCUUCCCUCAGAGAGCUGUCCGGUGGCUGGCGCCCGCUAUCGAGCUUGGGCUGCACCUGAAUUCAACAAAAAGGACAAGUGCAGUGCCGAGGGUAACGUCGCCUUCUC